UGAGGAACUGCAUGCGGAAGUAGUAUUGUGUUUGUUGUGAGCAUUCGCUAGCUAUGUAGCUACGUGAAAUCUUUUCGUGAAAUCGUGUUUACUAAUGGGAUGACGUUUGCUGACGUUUGCUACUUUUCUUGUGUAUGCUGACUGUGAACUAGGUAGCAAUGGACUCCCAAAAAUUUCACCAUCCUAACUCCAAUCACCACCAGAAACGGCGUUCAGCAUACCAAAAAGAAGGAGAGGCCAGUGGAAGAAGUCACUGUGAGAGCAAACACUUCAGACCAAACCACCAGCACCACGAGCAGUCUGGGCCGACUCCUGGGCCAAACCCCCUCAGCUCCCGGUGUCUGAGCACCAGAAGAGAACUGUAUGAAAGAGACUUUCCCGUGUACAAACAGCCCGUGGAGGUGGGAAGUUUCUCCCUCGACUCAGAGCGUAGAUUCUUCAACGACAGCCGACAGUUGAGGUACUACGUGGAACCGGACAGAACGCCGAAUUUCGAUCUAAGGGAUGGAUACAGGGAUCGCUUUAUAAAGAGAGACGACAGCGUGAAGGAGAAGCUGGACCACAUCCUGCGGUGGAUCUUAGCAAAUAAAUCAAAGCUCAGCUCAAAGGUGACCUCGGACAAAUCAUGUGCUUUAGAUGUGGACUUUGUGACAUGGCGCGGCCACCUGACUAAGCUUCUGACGACCCCCUACGAGGCGCGGGAGGGCUGGUUGCUGGCGGUCACACGGUUCAGGGGCACGCUGUACAUCAGCGAGGUGGAAACAGAGGCUGCGCGACGGGAUCGAGAGAGCCGCACCGGGAGGCAUGAAGAGAUGAUGUACUGGGGAUACAAGUUUGAGCAGUACACAUGUGCAGAUGACGUCCACAGCUCACCUGACCCGGGCGGAGUGGUGAACACUAAUGAGGCCUUCUGCACCGUGGUACAAACUCGGCUUGCGGAUCACAGACUCCUGUUCUCCGGGGAGGUGGACUGCCGGGAUAAAGACCCAAAGGCUCCGGCUGCUCCUGCGUGCUAUGUCGAGCUGAAGACUUCUGCGGAGAUCUGCACCCCGAAACAACGCAGCAACUUCCACAGGUUCAAACUGAUCAAGUGGUGGGCUCAGUCUUUUCUCCCCGGGGUCCCUCGGGUUGUGGCCGGUUUCAGGGAUCAUGAAGGAGUGGUCGUCGGUGUGGAGACUUUUCCCAUCUCUAAGAUGUCACAUCUCAUCAAGAAUGAACACAACUGCUGGAAGCCGACAGUGUGUAUGAACUUUUGCUGUGAUUUCCUCUCGUUUGUGAAGCAAACAGCUACUGAAGACAAUCCCAGCGUGGUGUACCUGUUCUGCUACGAGCCCCACAGAGAUGUGACCUUCUCCAUCCACAGAGACUCCCAGUACUCCUUUCUGCCUCGGUGGUAUUUGGAGGGGAUCACCAGAAGUCAAGACUAACAGCAUCAGUCCUGAUUUACAAGAUACAGACCAACUGUGACUUUUCAUUUCAGCCUCCAAUGGAGGAGUAUUUACCAAACUCUGUGGAUUUGUUGCACAUUGUGUCCCACUGAUGUUCUACUACAUGUUCCUCUGGUUGCAUUUUUUGUCUUUUAUUCGUUCAGCGGUGACAACGUUACCUGCAUGUGGAGAUUUUAAAUAAAUCACUGAAGAGAGCUCAA